AUGGAAGGGUCACCUUCGAAUGCGAUCGCAUCGCGCUACCCAUCUUCGUCGACCGCUGGCGGCCUCACGACCGAGCUUGGAGACACUGCGUUCCUGACGUACGACGAGCUAGACGAGAAGGCCGCGCUCCGCUCUGUCGCCGACGACGGUGCGGGAGCCACUGUCCUGUUCAGCGGCACCACACGCGACUCUUUCCGCGGCAAGCAGGUCAUCAAGCUCGAGUACGAAGCGUAUACCUCUCUGGCGCUCAAGACGCUCCAGUCCCUGCUCGAGCGAGCGCAUACUUCAGCGCCUUUCGCAGACAACCCUCUGCCAUUAUCAGCAAAUGCGGACCCAAAUACUGACUCGAGCGAGGACGGGGUCACACGCUGCUAUAUUGCGCAUCGACUGGGCGAGGUAAAGGUGGGCGAAUGCAGCAUCCUGAUCGCAGUCAGCUCGCCACAUCGGAAGGAAGCCUUCGUUGUAGCAGAAUGGCUGCUCGAGGAGGUCAAGAAGAGCGUGGCGGUGUGGAAGAGGGAGUUCUACGCGUCAGGAGACAGCAUCGUGGCGCAAGACGGGCAAGGCGAGCUUUCCCAUGCAACGCAGACAUCUAUCGAGGGCGACAGCAGGGCGGAAGAGGCAAAGGAAGGAGCAGAACCAAGCUGGAGCUGGAAGGCCAACUUUCCGUCUACAUGA